GGCGCCUACGAUUCCGGGUCUGGAGAAUCUGGCCCAAUUCUCGCCAGCACCACAAUUGAGGUCCUACGUCUGAUUGGCCGCUACAUGCAAAUGAUGCAACUGCUGAAACCCAUCGCCAGCGAGGUUAUGCACUGUAUUGGACAACUUUUUGACUACUACCUCUUUGUGACCAGAUUUGCCAUCCCAGAUUGUAUAGCCAAUCGGCACCAGGAGGAAUUGUUGCAGAGCAGCGACUUGCAAGCUAUUGGGGAGGUCAUCCAACGUCACCUUGUGGGCAUCGAGUCGCUCGUCUUUCUGGCUACCAUUUUGGAAACA